AUGGAUCAGGACACAGUGCCCACGCGAGAAACAUCGCAAGAGGAGGAUCGGUUUUGGAUAGACACGGACCGCCAGUUCUUCUCAAACCCCAAUUCCUCGCUGCUUUUGUGUCUGCGCAAUCAUGCCUGGCACUGUCGCUACAUCGCGCGUCAGUCCCGGCAGCUGCUGCGCGAGCACGAGGAGGCGUCCAGCGACCACUCGAACUCAUAUCGCGAGCCUAAGCGACCCAAGUUAGCGUCGGAGAAUGAAUUCCAGCCGGUUUCGGUAAGUAGCGGUAAUGACGCCUCUGGCGUUGAAGUCCAGGAAGAAAGCGCGGAUCACUCCGAAGAUAAUGGUUUGGUAACGGUCACUUUUAGAGUCAAGCACAAGGGUGGGGAUUUGGCUGUGCUUAGCCCCAGCAGCUCUUGCUCGCGGAUGUCGCCGCUGCAGAGCGUUAGCGGCGCUGAUAGCGUCUCGUAUGAGAAGCGAGGUUUUUCUAUAACGACGCAUCAUCAUAUGGGAAGUUACGACGACGAUGUGUAUUAUAACCCCGUGAUUAACGCGAAACAUGACAACAAGUUGAAGUUGCCCGUAAUUCUUCCUUGCCAGGCGCCGGAUGCCAUCCGCAUAGUGCUGUACUGUCCGACGGAGAGCUCGCAACAAGUCGACCUUGCGACAUCGAAGAGACCGGGCUUCAAAACUAAUAUGCUGAACGACAUGCUCUCACCUGAUCAGGUACCUGAGAUUGUUUACGGUCCUGCUCCCGUGUGGUCGCGUCUGAAACAGCCGAGCUUCAAGGAUGGCAAAGAAAUUUGUUUGUCUUAUCCGCGAUUCACUGCGGUGUUGGAGGAGAUCCACGGGCCAGUGGCGGAUCCAGUGUGGGAGUGUCACAACGAUGUCCCGCAUCGUUCUUCUGCGGGAGUCGGUGAGAUUAUGCAUUCUUUGGCCUUGACGGAUGUGUCUCCACCCUGCACCAUAGAUUACAGUCCGAAGUUGUUCAGUUUCGUGGAAGCCAAGCCUUCUCCGCUCUGCAGACGUUGCCUUGGGAUGCCUAAAGUGGUCUGCUCCUUGUGUUCGAACAUGGAAAUCGCAAACAAUAUCCCCGGAGUUUGCUUUAGCAACCCAACAAUCGUCGACCACAAGUAUGAAUUGGUGUACAAUGGAUUGGACAUAUACCACGUCCGUACUCUGAUGGGAACGGAAACGUUUAAGCCACCCGUUGCUUCUGAGGCUCCCGCUGUGCGCCCGUUGAAGCGUUCGCAUGACGAUGACGUAACCGCGGUUCUUAAGGAGUACGUGGAGACGCUGGAGGAGAUCGAUGCCACCUUCAGUACGCUAAUCGAUCGCGUUCAGUCGGAAAAGAAACCCAACUUCGACUAUUGGUCGCAGGUGGAAUCGCAGAUGAUAAAGAGCUAUAUCGAGCAGUACAACAACAAGAUGAUGGACAAUCGCUACAACUACAACACUCAGCGUCAGAGUUACGACGUAUUGCGCAUUCGCCUGACAUGUAGCAAGAGCUCCAAUUUACCUGCGCAUUGGACGGAUCAUGCCUUGUGCAGCGUUUGCGGCAGUGACGAGGAUUGGGACGACGAUCCUAUUCUGUUCUGUGAUUGCUGUUACAUUCCGAUGCACUACUGUUGUUUGGGGUACAAGCCCGGCACCAUGUCCGACACAAUGAAGCAGAACAUACGUCGUCAUAAGCUGUUACAUACUAAGGAGGAUGACGAACCUUACGUUGACGAGGAUGAGUGGCUCUGUCCGUGCUGUCUGUUCUUAAUGGACCAAUUGGCAUUUUUAUCCGAAAGCACUGCGAUGAAGGCCAUUCGUGUAGCUGCGGGUCCGAGAAAUAGGCAGACGUUGGAUUUCUUCCGCGACAACCCCGGCGACGACGACGCGCUGCCGAUUGAUGCUGCACCGUUGCCUUAUGUCGUUGGCUUUGAGUACGACAACCCGAUGGAACGCAUCGACCUAUGUACUCUGUACCGUCGUAACCCCGCAGUCGCCUUUGCUGCUGAAUUUCCUAUCGGCAAUGAGAAACCAGCCGGUGAUAAGGCGGCUACUGGCGAUGGCGCGGAUGCGAGUGCGCAAGGGGCUCCUAGGACAUCAUCUCACAUGGAAUAUUUGGUGCCUCCUAAGAUUACUUUCAAGUGGCUACGGGAUUGUGGCAACAUACCCACUACGGUUGCCUUUAAUGUUCCCGACGAGGAGAUUGGAUGCCCAUUCGAGAAAGAUCUUAGGGGUUACGAAAUGGACCUUCUGGGUCGCACCAUCAGCCAAUUCUGGUCGUUUAAGUGUAUGACUAAGACACAACUGGAGAUUGCACGUGACAUAUUCGACGAUAUUUUGGUGCGCCACAUGAAUGAGGGUGACCUCGAAGGGAUGUUGAAACUGUUGAAGCAUGUGCCCAAGGAGGAGGCGAAUACACAUAACCUCAUCCACCAGGAUCGCGCACUGCAGCAGCAGAAGACAAACACGCAGAAGCGUGGCCGCAAACCCGUUGAUGUCAAGGCUGAGCGAACCCCUCAAGUAACGGCAGCCAUGAAUGCGGAGGUAGUGCGUGGCCCGGAGCAGGAGAUCGUUCGUGAUGAUAUAUUCACCUUUAACUGCAAGAAUCCGUUGAAGAAGCUGGUGAUCUGCACGCGCAUCACUAGAAACUUCUUUGUCAACCUGAGGAUUCCCGUUUGUAUUUUCUGUGGUUUCGACGCGUACUACCCUGGAGGUGGCCCAAUGAAGCGUACGUCCAACCCCGGAACUUGGGCGCAUAUCCGUUGUGCUAUUGCGGUAGAGUGCACAAUAACACCGAAGCAUAUUGAUUACGACACCUUUGUGCCUAAGGUAAAGGCGCUAAAGUGCUUGGUAUGCCACAAUUUGAGUACCGCAAUUGUGCAAUGUUCCCAUGGCAAUUGCUGCAAGGCAGUUCACGUGUCCUGUGCAGCUGCAUCAUCGUAUUGUCUAUUUUCCUGGGAUCAGAAUGGCAAGCCGGAUAUACUAUGCCCGCAGCACGCGUCCGGUUUGGCGCCCACCGUCCUUUUGCGUAAGUUACAGACAAAGGUGCAGUACAAGAACCUCAAGAAGAUGAGCGCUUAUGAGACCAAUCUUGACGGAGUUAACCCUAAGGAUGACGUUUACCUAAGUCACUUGCUUGAGCCGAACUACCGUUCUAUUGCUUCGGUGAUCGAGCAGAUUUUCAACUUGAAGCCUCGCACUGGUUUCCCAAUACCCUUGUACGGCGACGAAGUGGUGUUCAAGCAAACCGUUGUUGACAAGGAUUCUGGUGAAAAAUCGACUUCUGAGAGAUCUAGUGAUACUAGGGGGAAAUUAAGCAGGAGGGCUGAGGUACGCCUUCCAUUGCGUGACAAGUCGGGCAAAUUCAAGGUUGCGGACAAGUCCCGAGAUGCCCCAAAAGUUGAAGCCACAUCCGUUAAGGACGUUACUGCCGAAGUGCAGCAAACUAAAACAACCAAUGAGCCCGUUACCACUGCCGAAGUGUCAUCGCAAAAUGUAACAAGUGAACAGGAAAUCAGCAGUGUUCAAGCGCAACCUGAUGCUCCCGUAGAGUCGUUGAACCCUACAGAAGCUCCAGAAGUUGUUGAAAACUUUGAGAAAGGUGAAACGGUUAAACCAGAAGAAAUGGAAUUAGUUGUCGAACUAUCUGAUACCACCAGUGAUGUUGCGUCCGCGGAUUUAAUAACAGAGCCAAAACUAAUCGCCAACACCCCUUCGAAUGACCAAGUCGAUGAAGCAACUCCUGCGGUUGUCCAUGACCCGAACUUUUGCCGUGUCACCAAGCUGGCCAAGGAACAUUGUUUCUGGUGCAGUAUCGGUAACGACGAUGCGGAUGAGCCCACGCAUUACAAACCGUUUUACGACGAUCGCUGCCCGACGUCUGAACAGAUAGGCAAUUUGUUGUUUCCGGAUCUGGAUGCAGCUAAGAAAAAAGGUGCGGCUAUGGUCGAUGAUUCCGCAGGGGAGGGCUCCUCGCAGCUUGAAAACAUCCCUGCAAUCGUCUGGAGUGAGAUUUGUGCUUCUUCACGCAUUGUGGAUGAAAAGAUGCUGUCGUAUAUUUCGGACGAUUUCAUCGGAGGUCAGCGGCUCAUUUCAGAGGUUGUGUCCAAAAGCUGUCGUGCAUCUCUGCUGGGUUUGACGAGGUUGUUGAACAUUCUGUAUUUCAAAUCGCAAAAAGGGUCAGAGAUGUGCACCAUUUUCGAUAACCUCCUGCGUCAUAUGAAAACGAUGCAAUCGGUGGAUGAGGCUCGUCGUAAUUGCGAAAUCGGCACCAACUCCGCCCCUGAAGUAUACUCACCACUGCCGUCUUUCACACCCGAGUACGGUGGUGGCCACCGUUUAAACCACCCUCCUGUGGAUCAUCGUAAGGAGUGCCGUGUACGUGUGAAAGCAGUAUUACGCACUUUGAACCAAACAGUGUUCAUGCGACUUGACCCUGAGCUGCUUCCGGCUUCCAUUAUUAGGGUAGUUGGGUCCAACAAGGCCAACACCGAUAACGGUACUGAAGUUGAGGCAUCCCGUCAUUACGUUGUUUGUUCCGGGUGUUUGGAGUUCAAGGUCAUUGAGCAAGAGAUUAAUGAGGAUAAUAGCAUCAUGCGCAAGCGAGUAAAUUACGCCAAUCACUACAAAACAUGCCGCAUGUGCAACGCACGCGCGUGUAGUGAUUGCCUAUCGCACAUGAAGUCUGCUCGCAUGCGUACGAAGGUGAGUUUGGCACCAGCCCCCCUAACUGUUGCUCCCGCGCCUACUGACGCAUAUAUGUCGGCAGCCACAUUGCUUUCGCAGCCCAUCUACCCCGGCGUUAACCUGAGAAUCCCACGUAAUACGCCUCCCAUGCCUGAUGAAGAGCGCAUCCCUUCGGUACGUGAUGCGAUGAUUUCUUUGCCCCUUAUGGCCCGUGGGCCGAUGAUUGAUGGUUUAGGUCCGCACCCUGUGCGCAGCAUGGGCGUCAGCACUCCGAUGAGUGUUGACGGGCGCAUGCCCGCAAUGAUGGCUCCAAAUAUGACUAGGGGGCCCAUGAGCACCCCUAGUCCCAUUAGACAUGUGAUUCCGCGGCCGCAAAUUGGUAGUCCUGUGCCAUUGCGUGGCGCAAGCAUGGUAGAUAUGGCGGGUAUGCCUCCCACGAAGCCUGGUAUGAUGCCCAUCUGCACCCCCAUCUCGAAGCCGAUGCCGUCUCCUGGUGUCUGCGGCCCAUUGUACAACGGAAUGGGCGUGAAGACAGUGCCUGGUAUGAUGGAUCGUACUCCUGGCAUGAUGUGUGGCGGCCCAUUCGGCAAGGUUGGGCCCAUGAUAAAGAGCCCGCCGGUGAAGAACGGUCCAUAUGCCACCACUAUCGGUGCCCCUAGUUACUGCCGUGAUGUUCCGCCAACAAACGGGCCGUUUGUGGGUAACGUUGAAACCCACAGCGGUCCCCAGGUAAGCCCUCCAUCCCUCAUUGAGACACCCGAUGACCACACCGAGGGCACGUUCCUUUGCAGCCGUUGUGAGGACAUGGAAAAUGACAUAAACGUGCCGCUGCUGUGUUGUGCGUUCUGCUCUCGUUUCGACGGACUGCUUGUGCCGGUGAACAGGGAGCACCUGUCCUUUUACCUCAACUGGACUUCCGAAUAUUGCAGCUACGCUUACGUCCACCUUGUCUGUUUGGAUUGGCUAUCGUAUUCAAAGGUUGUCAGCGCGUCGUUACGUAAGUUUCCGAAAACUCUGCUUGAGUCGCCAUGCCACUACUGUGGUGUGGCUUGCGGUGCUACUCUUACCUGCACUAACAACUACUGCAACGUCAGGUUCCACGCGUCAUGCGGUGCGUGGUUAGGUUGCAAGGCGGACAUGGGUAGGAAGCCUGAGGGCGUGACCACGGCAUCUCGGAGGGUGUAUUGCCUGCGUCACACGUUCCUGAACAUCAGCCGCAUGAGUCAGGUGGAGCGCAAGUUCAUGAUAGCUCCUCCCCACCUGUACGAGCUGCUGAUCUCAACGAAGCAUCACUUGUCAAGGUUUUACGGUGGGGUGUACAUGUCACGUUACUGCGUGCCGAACAAGAUCAGGAACGAGGCGCUAUCGCGGCCUCCACUGAGCCGCUUACCUACAAGCACGACUUCGAGCGCCAAGCGUGCCAAACCGCCUUCUAAAGCGUCUGCAUUUCCGAUCAACAACGUCAACGCUACGAUGAGCAUGCUAAGUGGGAUAAACUACAUGAACCUCGGUUUGGUACUUUCCAAGAGCACCUUCGGACAACCCGUCAACGAGUACAGCAUGCUGCCGGACAACAUCGCACGCGACCGCCUGAUCCAGGCGCUGAACUGGACAGCGUACAACGCCAUGAACCUGGUUGGUGGGCGGCGUGACAAAAAGGAGAUUAGAGCCAUCAUCCACCUGAUCAAGGCGGGCCAACUGAAGCCGAUCCACGGCAGCAAGCGCGGCCGCAAGCCGAAGUCGCUCGACGGGUCCAACUUCGACAACCGCCAGAAGAUGCCGAUGGAGGACAUCCUGACCUAUUGCCAUUCGGGCCAGCUAGACUCUGGGGAGUUUUUCUGCCCGGUGGACCCCAACUCCCCAAGCUGGUUCUGCUUGGCCUGCACGCGGCAGCGCACCUACAAGGCGCCUAAGUGA